AAGAUCACUGAAGCUUCAAAAAACUCAUUAAAAUUUAUUGAAUUCAAUUUUAUGGAACAGGUUAAAGGUUUACAGCAAGUUUUAGAGCCCGUCAAAGAUACAGUAGAAGGUCUCUUUGCACAGUGGAUCACUGGACAAUUUAACCAAAGUCUUACAGGUUUAAAUUUUUCAAAAUUACGAGUUAUUGCAACUCAUUAUAUGCCUUAUCCCUCGGUCCCCAUGUCAGACCUUAGUUGGUUGGAAGUUCCAAUGUUCAAGAACGUCAGAACAAUUAUCACAGAUCUAGAUCGCGGUCAGGAGUAUUGGAAACAUGCUUUGAAAUUGGGCAGAGUAGAUGUUUUGAAGAAGGUACCUAAUCUCAAACACAUGGUCUUCACUACAUAUGUCAGAUUUCUAAAAGAAGGAAUUCAACCCGAAUUGAUUGAAGCAUUCAAAUAUCACGGAGUUCAAUGUCAUCUCUUUGAAACAUUAACAUCAGAUGAAAUCUUGAAAUUGGAUCUUGAACUGAAUGGGCCAAUGGAAAUAAGUCAUUAGAUCCACUUGUGAACGUCCCUUCAAUUUGAAAUUUUCUUGUUUAGCAAUGUUGGUUCUACUUUUUGUCAUCUCCUCUGCCAAAUUUGGUUUGUCAAAUGAUGUAAGUAUAAUUUGAUCCAACUAGAGCCCUG